AUGGCUCUAAGAUAUUUGUGCACUACAAAUGUUUCGACCAGACAUCAUGCGUCUUCUGGUAAAACUCUUGUUCCAUCUUCUCUCUCUCUAACAAACUCACGCAUGCACAGUUCCACCUCAGAGACAGACACCAAGAACAAGUCCACUGCGGACAUCGUGAAGAGCCUCGUCAACACCCUCGUGCUUCCUUCCAUCUCAUCUACUCCACUCCACUCUCUCCACAGAGGCAACUGGGUCAAGCUCAUUUGUGGUGCAAGCUUUGAGGAUGUUGUGCAUAUCAGAAAUCUCAGCCUGGUUUACACUCUUGCUGGAGUUGACUGCAUUGACUGUGCUGCUGAUGCAUCGGUUGUUAGUGCUGUGAAUGAAGGAAUUGAAGCUGCAAGAGAUAUUGUAUGCCUUAGAAGGCCGUGGGUGAUGAUCAGUGUCAAUGAUGAUAAAGAUCUUCAUUUUCGGAAGGCCGAAUUUGAUCCAGAAGACUGUCCAGCAGACUGUUCCCGGCCUUGUGAAAAUGUGUGCCCUGCUAAUGCAAUAUCAUUCCAAGGGAAACCAACUUUGGGAAUUUCAUAUAAUACCGAAGCAUCAGUUGAUGGAGUCAUAACAGAACGCUGCUAUGGCUGUGGUCGCUGUCUUCCAGUUUGCCCCUAUGAUAAAAUAAGAGAGGUAGCAUAUGUAAGAGAUGCUAUUACAACUGCAGAUCUCAUCAAGAGAAAAGACGUUGAUGCUAUGGAGAUACAUACAAGUGGGAGACAGAGUACUUUAUUCGAACAACUCUGGAAUGCUCUGGGAGAUUCAGUAGGAAAUUUGAAGCUUAUAGCAGUUAGCUUACCUAAUGGUGGUGAUUCAACAAUAUCCUCCAUGAACAAUAUGUUCUCUAUUAUGAAACCCAAUCUUCAAAGCUUCAACUUGUGGCAGCUAGAUGGUCGUCCUAUGAGUGGAGACAUUGGGAGAGGAGCAACUAAGGAAUCGAUUGCCUUUGCUGUUCAAGUGACCAAAGCAAAAGAAAGACCUCCUGGUUUUCUUCAACUUGCUGGUGGAACCAAUGCUCACACAAUUGAAGGGUUGAAAAAAGAAGGACUCUUUCAAACAACUAUUACUGAAUACUUGCAUGAUGAUAACUCAGCAAUAAGCCCAUCUGAUUCACCACAUGCUUUAAUUAGCGGCAUAGCAUAUGGUGGCUACGCACGGAAGAUUGUUGGUAGAGUAUUGACAUCCAUGCAAUCACAGCAUGGUGGAGCUGCAUCGGUUGAGGAUCAUUCUGAGUAUCUCUUGAUGGCUCUUAAGGAAGCACUGGCUUUGGUGGGGCCUGUUAAAUGUCUAUGA